AUGGCCGGUGCAAAGGUCUUUUCUAUUGAGGGCAAGGGCCUCAAACUCACCACUGCAGAGGAUAUUGAACCCCACAUUCAGGACUUGAAGAGUAAUGACAGUGUGGAGGAGAUUAAAUUUCUAGGAAACACUCUAGGUAUUGGGGCGAGUGAAGCGUUGGCCAAGGUCCUUGAGAGCAAGAAGAACUUGCAAAUCGCCAAUCUUGCCGACAUCUUCACCUCACGUCUUCUCUCUGAGAUCCCACCUGCGCUGUCACAUCUACUUACUUCGCUCCUUACCCUACCAAACCUGCACACGGUGGACCUCUCCGACAAUGCGUUUGGUCUGAACACUGUUGCACCGCUAGUCGACUUCUUAUCGCAACAUACGCCACUUCGCUACCUCUACCUAAACAACAACGGUCUCGGCCCAGCUGCUGGUGUGCUCGUUGCCGAUGCGCUCACUGCGCUUGCCGCAAAGAAGGAAGCCGCACGAAAACAAGGCAAGGAUGUACCAGAUCUCGAGCUCGUCAUCUGUGGUCGUAACCGAUUGGAAAACGGCAGUAUGGCCGCAUGGGCAAAAGCCUAUGCAGCCAACAAGGGAGUCAAGACCAUCAAGAUGACACAAAAUGGUAUCCGGCAGGAAGGUAUCUCACAUCUCAUCACAAACGGCCUGGCCCACCUCACCCAGCUUGACACGCUCGAUCUCCAAGACAACACCUUCACAGCCAUGGGCGCAAACGCCCUCAGCAAAGCCGUGGGCAACUGGACCGAACUCCGCGAACUCGGCGUAGGCGACUGCCUCCUCAGCGGCCGCGGUGGUAUCGCCCUUGCCGCUGCCCUCGAAAAAGGCAACAACAAAAAAGUCGAAGUGCUCCGCCUCCAAUUCAAUGAUAUCAAUGCAAAAGGUCUGGCUGGUCUCGCCUCCGCUUCCUCAACUGCACUUCCUCUGCUCCGCCGUGUAGAAAUCAAUGGUAACAAGUUUGACGAAGAGGACCCCAGUAUCGAGAAACUUCGCGAUGUGCUCGAUGCACGAAAAGAAGAGUCGGGGAAGCAUGCUGAUGACGAGGAGUACUGGGGUCUUGAUGAGCUGGACGAGCUUGAAGACGAGAGCGAGGAUGAAGAGGAGAGUGAUGAGGAGGGGAAGAAAGGUGACGACGAUGAUGAGGCCGGUGUGGAGGUCGAGCAGAAGGCUGCCAGACAAAUUGCAGAUGACAACAAGGCCGAGGAGGCCAACGUGCCGCAGGACAAAGAUAAGAAGGUUGAUGAUUUGGCCGAUUUGAUGAGUAAGACGGAGAUUAAAUAGAUGAGGAGGAUAGCUUGGAUUGGUCUUGUAGUUAGAGAAGGAAUAGGAAUGGGAGGCGGUGUCAUGCAUUUAGCGGCUUGUAUAGAAUCACAACAAGAAGGUUCCAUGACUUG